GAAUAUCGGAUUCUUGUGCGCAUCGAGGGGCGGCUGGUGCCGUACUGUGCCCGCUGAACCUCAUACUCAAUGAAUGGCUGAAUAAGAAGCAUCGUGCUGACGUCCAUCCAUCCUGCGGUACGUCAGGCAGCGAGAAGGCGAAUUCGCCCGUCGGCGCCGCCCUCAUGUGCCUGCUGUCUGUCUGUCUGUCUGUCUGUCUGUCUGGUUUUGUGUAUGUGUGCGUCAGGGAGGGACUUGGUAACAACGUGAGCACCAGUGGGUAUUAGCGCCUCAGAGAAGGCCUUGGAGUUUCACGUCCCAUCGCAGCCAAGAGCAUCUGGAGCUACAGAUAGCUAUGGAGGACGAUAGACAGGUGAGGCGCAGCACACGUCUGCCUUGCAGCUGAUUGCAUUGGUGGAUUGCGUGUUGCGUCCAUGUUUGCAGGUGGAGAGCUCUCGCCAUGACGACGCACAGGCAGCAUCUGCUGCUGCGGCUUCAUCGGCAUCCGCUGGUGGUGGUGGUGGUGUGAGUGAGAGGGAGAGAAACCUUCGGCAGCAAAUCUCAGACACGGUAAGCCGCCGACAGACUGAGGCCAUGUGUGCACUGAUGGAUUUCUCUUCCGGUCAUAUGUGCUGUGUCUUUGUGUGCAGCCGGGCCUCCUUAGCAUCGUCAUGGCCUUCCUCCCCCUCCACCUGCUCGUCCGUGUGUCCAAAAAGACGUGGCAGCAGGCGGCCCCCCGCCAGCAUCGCCUUGUCAUCAGCGCAGAGGACAGAGAGGAGCGGUCGUUGUGGCAGCGAGUGCCCAUGACCCUCGUCAAUCAGCUCGCGGCACUGCUCACACAGCUGACGUGUGUCGUCCUCUGCUACCCCAUCGACUUCCCUCUUUGGGUCUUUGACGUCUUCGUUGCCAUGGUGGAGGGUCAUAUCGCUGCGCGGCGUGCAGCCAACAUGGAAGGCGGCACACUGCACACCAUCACCGUCGAGGGAGUCCGGCUGACCCGCAAGGAGAUGGAGACUGUCACAAGGACACACCCACCCCUCCCACCCCUUGCCGACCCGCCCCCGGCCCUCCCCGCACUCACCACUAUCGUCGGUUUGAUGCCCGACCAUCAGGGACUGGCCGACCGCCGCUGGCGAGUGUCGUCACUCGCGGUCGUGCAGCAGGAGGGGUGGUUGGCUGCCAACCUGAGCCGAUUCAUCAGUCCAUCAAGCUGCGGUGUGUCGGCGGCGACUUUGACGAGGGCGAGUGGGCGGGUGUGUUUGAGGGCAUUCCUGAGACCCCUCCUGGGCAGCAGGGAGGGCCACUCUCCCAGCUGGAGGCCAUCGGCACCAUCAAGAUCCGUGGUGAUAGCACCGACCAGCUGGGCGUCGAGCGGCUUCAGGUAACAACAAAGGAAACGCACAGCAGGGCCUGUGAGUUGGUUCGUGACCUCUCGUUUGUGUGUUCCUGCCUUCAGGCUGUGCUCCUGGCGCGCGGCUGCCGACGGUCCCUCGAGCGGCUGGACGUGUCGGUUGUUGAUCGCUACUACAGUGUCGCCCGCGACACUUUCCCGUCCUGCUGGCCCUGGACCGGCUGGCCACCGAGUGCUGCCGACAGGACGCCCCCGUCACAUUCACCUCCUCUGGCUCCCCUGGCUGGACGUAUUUCGACCUCAACCUCUUCUACCACAGCGAGUUCCCCAUCCACCCCUCGCCCUGGCUCAAGAGCGUCAUCCAGCAGGUGGCAAGCGACGCCGCACAGGUCAAGUACACCAUCACCCAGGACGACCUCACUGACGACCUCCGCAACCCCAGCCAGGCCGCCAUCGACAUUGCCAACCCACUCACAUUCGACAACGCCAUCUAUGUGGGGGUCGACAGCGGUUUUGGCUUCGAUCCGCCCGGCAACGCCGACUCGCCCCACCCCUCCAUCAUCGCCCACCUCCCAUUCCAGCCAUUCCCAAAGGCCACAUCGCUGCAGAUCAACACCAGAUUGGGUGCUGCGGGCCGGCUGCUGGCUGACAAGAUGCCUGACAAGGUGACGAGGGCGGACAUUCGCGUUUUGAGGGGUGGUGAGGCGGUGACCGUCUUGGAAGCGCUAGGGAGUGAGAGGGAGGUGGGGGAGGUGGAGAUGCGAGGGGUCGGUGUCGACCAGCUGGUGGGGGCGGCCGGCGGAUUGCCGAAGAUCAAGUGGAUUACCAUGACGCGUACGCAGAGAGGGGGAAGGAGGGGGGGAAUGUGUCCUUCCGUCUUGUGCAAACAUCCCUUGCUGUACUGUGUGUGUGUGUGACUUCCUUCAGUGCCGGAUGAUGCUGAUGUCGAGGAGGAUGCAGGCAGCUACGUGCACGCCCGCCUCUCAUCGCUCAUUCAGCGCAUCAGGGGCCUGCAGUAUGUGACGCUGGGUGUGCACUCCAUGUUGCCUCCCUCCCCGAGGGCACCAACAUCGAUGGCUUCACAAUCAGACACAUCAUCCCAUCCUUUGGGGGCACGUAUGUGAAAAUGACUGCAGUUCGCAAUGCCCGAGGUGAGGAGGGCACUGACAUGAAGGUCUGAUUGUAUGCAUGGCCAUGCUGAUGUCGCUGUGUGUUGGCGGUUUUUUGGCAGGCCGGCUGUCGUGACGGACCGUAGCAGACGGGGAGUGGGGGAGUUGCUUGCUGUUGAGUAGCGGGCGGUGGCUGGCGACAUCCGUGUGGUGCAUGGCUGCCUGAAUGUGUGUGUACGUGUGUGUGGAUGUCUUGAUGACUGCCUAGCUGUACAGAGUUGGCGGACACCUCAUAGCAGAGGGAAGGGAGGGCCAGCAGGUGUGUGUAGGCGGCAAGCGUCGCAUGGAUGGAUG